UUUGUCGCUAAAUAAUGUCCGGCAUAACAUAAUUUUGCACUUAUAGUGUAGGGGAUGAACAAUGCGAAUGAAAACAGCAACGUUUCACGGCUUGAGCUCAACCUAGAUAUCGAUUCCUUCGGCGACCGCUAGAGCGCACUCACGUCAAAUUUAAAUAUGGCGGAGCGAUCAAUGAAGUUGUAGUGUGUAGUGUAGUGAAGUCUAGUGUAAUAAAUUGAAAUGGUUAAAAUUGUUAUAUUUGUGAGUGCUAUUAACUAAAUGGGCCAUGGGACGAGGACAAAAUUUAUUGGAUGCUGCAAGGGAGGGCGACGAGCAGACUGUUGAAAAAAUACUAGGACAAAUAAAUAAAAGGAGUGGUCCAUUUCAAAGUCUCGUCAGAAAACAUGCGGGAGUCAACGUGGCAGACGACAACGGCUACACACCACUACACCACGCUUGUCUACAGGGUCAUAAAGAGAUAGUACGGUUACUGCUAGCGGCCUACGCGUCACCGAACAUCCCGGAUAAGAAGGGAGCCACCCCCUUACAUCUUGCGGCCUGGAGGGGGGAUGUCCACAUCGUGUGCAUGCUCCUAGCGCACAACCCUCCUGUUGAUGUUAACCAGAAGACGCACGACAACGAGACGGCUCUGCUCAUCGCGGCGCAGUUCGGUCACAGCGAAGUUGUGGCUGAGCUCAUCAACAACGGUGCUGAAGUCAACAUCAGGAACAUCAAGGACGAGAGCGCGUUGGACCUAGCAGCUCACUACGGGAGGUUAAAAACAGUCCAGCACCUGAUACAAGUGGAACCAAGUCUUGUCCAGCCGUACAAAUACCCCAAGUGGAAGCUGUGGAAGUUCUCCACUACUCCGCUACAUAGAGCCAGUAAAAACGGUCAAGUUGAAGUAGUCCUCGAACUUCUGAAAGCGGGCAUCGAUCCAAACAUCCGAACGGAUUCGGGGACUCCCCUACACGAAGCGGCCUGUUUCGGUAAAGCGGGAGUCGUGCGGAUACUGUUGGAACAUGGAGCUAAUCUGUACGCUGUGGAUGGGAGAGAUAAGACGAUAGAAGAUCUGCUAGCGGUGUAUUCGGAGGAGGCGACGAGGAAAGUGAGGAUGGUUAUAAGAGAUUUCAAAAACAGAACGAGAAAUGAGUAUGAGAGUGAAGAAGAUCUGCCGCCGUUCCCCGUGCGGCACGAGCACAGCCCCGUCAACUACCUCCCUGACUCCAUGAAAGCCCAAGAGACUCAAAAACGAAAUAGUGACACUUCCUCCUCCUCUUCUUUACUUGUAAAAGCUCCGCAUCAAAGUUUCGUUAAAAGGCUUGCUUCAAAAUUGGGACUUAAAUCUAAAUUUAACUCCGCUCCUAACAUUUCUAAUACCUCAGGGUUAGAGUCGGGUGCUGAUGAUAAAUCCAAAGUUCAAAACAUAGGUAAUAGCAAAUUUUUUAAUUUUAUUUCGAAGAAAGAAGAAUCUGGUGAUAUUGAUUGUACAAACGAAUUUGAUACCAUAUCCCUAGAUAGACUCGGUAUGUUAAACAGAGAUGCCACAGUAAAUAGAAGCAACAGAAGUUGUCCAGGUUUCAAAAACUCACUUCCAAACAUAUCCGAAAACAAUGAAUUAAGUGAUUCUAUCGAAAAUAUAAACAACGAAUAUGAAGUGAAAGACGAAGAUGAUAGUAAUUUAACAAAACACUCUCCUGUGGAAGCAGUGAACAAAGAUACAAAAUAUGGAAUAUUCGAGCCAAGAAAAAAUGGUAGUAUUCGAGUACCUACUUCCUGUGAUACAUCGCCUGGUUUAGCGAUACUAGUCAACGAGUGCUAUGAAUCUUACGAAUUCUCUUCUGCAGAAUCAACUAUGCAGAGCACCAAGUUAGAUUCAAAAGUCACAAUUUUACCCAAACCACCACCUCGUUCGAUACAAAUACAAAGUUCAGCUUCCAACAAUGCUUUGUAUGAAAACAUAACUGUAGAAAAACCAAUUUCCACUCGUCCUACGCCGGCAGUUAGAACGCAUAUUCCUACUCAAAAACAAUCUAAAGACAGUGACGAAGGAUCUCUAUAUGAAAAUGUUGCAUUACUUUCCCGAAAACCAGAACCAUUAAAAAGAUCAUUAAUUCCGGCAGAACAAGACAGAAAUACUUCUUCAUCAGGAAGUAGUCGCUCGUCUUCGAUUUCUUCAGAUUCUAUGAUAGACGAAUCAAACUUAGAAGAUAUUCUAUUAUCUGAAAAGUCAAGAUCAUUUAAACACGGCACAAAAUUAAUUCACAUUGAUUCUAAUAAGUCAACAAUUAAAAGAACUCAGUCAAAUGCGUCUAAUUUUACAGACGUUACAGGAGCCAGUGCUAUAGAAAAUGUAGAUGUUAGUGAUAUGGAUAUGAAGACUAUUUAUCUUUCAAUGACAGGCACUCUUCCAACGAAAAAACCUGAUAAACCCAAAAAGAAAGUAUUGUUUAGACAUAAAACUUUUACCAAUAUUGAAGUAGACAGAAAUUCUUUUAAGCUAACAAAUUAUCCGAGUAAAAACAGCUCUCUUUUUAAAGAAACGUUAGCUCACUAUCAUAUUCGAGGAACAGGACAUUGCAUUUAUCAAGCUCCAACCGUUGAGGAGUUCAUUUACAUUUUUAACAGAGAUACGCUUUACAACGAUACGGCUCCUUUCACUAAGGUUCCUAAUGAUAAACGAUAUAGUGACUUUGAGACAGCUAUUUGUUUCUGCAAACCCAAACCACCAAAACAUCACAAUAGCGCGGAAGAUUUAUUAGAUAUACCUUACGAAGAAAACGAUGCUAAAGUUGUGAUAGAUUUAAAUGAUUUGAAAGAAAAAAUUGAAUUGUCCGCAUCGUCAUUUCAAUGCUACUGUGAUACUGGUUCAUGUGUUCUACAUUCAAGAAGACGUGAGGUGCCUAUUAAUUUUGUUGUCAAGUUUUCAGCAAUAAAUAAAAGCAUAUCAACUCCUGAUAUUACUUUGGCUUCUUCUUUUUCGACAACUCGCAAAGGCGGGCUAGUUAAAAACAAAUCUGUACCAUCUAAUUUAGAGGAGCCAUAUGCAGUAGUCGAUCUCAACGACAUCGUCGAGAAAAACAGUAAAGUCAAUCAAACAUUAGAGAGUCCUACGUAUGUACAAAUGUCUCCCCAUUCUUCUUUAUCAUCUGUUGGUCGACCAUAUUCUAUUAAAGAUAUAGCGGAAGUGAUAUCAUUAGGUACGAAUUCUAGGUCCGGCACUAACCCACCCUCUGUGACUAACACUUCUGUACGUAAAUCGACAUCCUCGGAACACUCCGGUCACUGGUCAUUACAGUCUUGUAAUUCAAAUUUGACUAUAGUCUCGGAUGCGUCGUUCAAGACGUGCAUAGAAGAAUCAUCCGACGACGGUUCAGACGCAACUCUACACUCGGACGCUGAGAGUUCAGACGCGGAAACCGUUAAAUCCGACGCCAGCACGGCAAAGAGGCCCUGGGUGCAUAGCAGUUCUUUCAGAUUCGACAACAAGAAUCAGAAAGAAUGCAAUGUGAUCGAGGAGGAGAUAAACGAUAAAGAUUCGAAAGUGGAGAGCGGCAUAAGUGUCCAGGAUUCUGAGACUUCAUCGUCCGAGUGCGAGGGUGAUAGUGGUGUUCCGGGGGUGGAUUUGGAUGUGUCGCUUGACGCUUCGCUUGAGCGGGUUUCGGGGCCGGGGGGUGUUCGCAGUGGGUCAGGGCGGCGGAGAUGGGAGGAGGCUGAUCGCAUGAGUGAGGGCGACGCGCUGAGCAUAUCCAGCGCCGCGUCCAGCUGCGCGCCCAUGCAUCUUGCCCACCAUCACGAGUACAGCAAGGUUUCGCCCACACCUCCCAAGAAGCCCCCUCGAAGGAAUCUAUCUGUUUCCCCCACCCACGUUAAUUCUCCAUCCUCUGGAUACAGCUAUGAGUUAAGGACGCACGCGCGGAGUCAGGACGAUUUAGAUGAUUUACAGGGUGCUAAACACUACCUCAAACACGGGCGGUCCGUCGAUCAAUACGUUGACGGCAAACUUUCCUAUUCAGAGUACGAAGAAAACCACAACUCUCCUCGAGCCAUACCUGUGCCGAACCCGCGGCCGAGCCUCAAAAACCGCACGCAGCCUGUCGCCAUUACGGCGAUGUACGAAAAUGUCGUCAUAAAGGAGCAAAAUCCCAGAAGAAAGUUGAGGCGAAACAAUUUGGGUCAAGCCGAAAACUUCGAGACCAGGAUGGCGGACAAAAGAGUGAGAAAGUACUCGAACCAGGAGAGGUCCUCCUUGGAAAGUUUGUUGGACGACCAGUCGAUGAACAGUCCGAGCGAAUAUGAGCGGUAUUUCGACGGGUCGAGGACGGAUAUUCCUCUGUCCCCGAGUCACUACGACCAGCCCCCGACGCCUGACCAUCCGCCGCCGUCCGCCAAACAAGCGGAGAAUAGCAUCCACGAACGGAUAAGGCCUUUGAGCCAGGAGUACAAGCGGCGGUCAGCCCUCCGGGACAGCUACACGGAAACCGAGGUCAGCCUCCUGCGGGCAGCCUCCGCUGUGUCAGUGGCCAGUGGAGCGACAGACAGAAGCGCGAACACGGACUGCGUGGAGGAGUACGUGUGCGAUGUGCCUUUUGCUGGCCUGUUCAAAGGCUCGACGACGACCCUGGACGGUAUCGGUCUGCGGCCGGUGCCGGCGGAGCGCCCCAAGACCCUGAGGAAGCUCAAGUCCGUGUACGACUCCUCCCCCACGGAGGUGGAGAGGAAUGGCGAGGACGAGGUGCGCCGCCGCAGCAACACCACCAGCUCCACGCACAGCGGGGACAAGAGCCUGUCCAUACUCAGCCCGUUUGAUGAACAGGAGGAGUGGGCGAAGAUAUCGGAGAUCAUGGCCUCGUUCGGCAGCAAGCUGGUCCGGGAGUCGGUCUUCGUGUCGGAGCUGGAGCAGGAGUUCACGUCCCGGCUCGGCCUGAGCUGCUCCGAGUCCAGCCUGAGUCCAUCCGUGGCCUCGAGCCUUGGCCUCUGGCUGUCGAGCUUGGGGAUGCACGACUACGAGCCUCUUUUCGUGGAAAGCGGCUACGACGAUAUUGAAUUUAUUAAUGGUAUUAUCAACGACACAGACCUCCGAGAGAUGGGAAUCGAAGAGAACGACAGACAGAAAAUACUAGAAUCCUCUACACAGUUACCUCUUAAAAUAACGGAAAUAAGCAAUAACCAUAACAAUAAUAAUUUAAGUAAGAACCAAAACGAAACGGUGGAAGAGUGGCUUAGGACUAUUAAUUUAGAGCAAUAUAAUGAUACGUUUAGGAAACAUUUGUAUGUAGAUAUGGAUAGAGUGAGAAGGAUAUGGGAGGUGGAACUGACGGCUGUACUAGAAAUAAAUAAACCGGGACACAGGAAGAGGAUACUAUGUUCGGUGUCUGGAGAACACAAUGGACCUACUAACAAUAUAGAAGAUAUUAAUGCUGAUCUCAAUGACUUGAAAAACAAUAUUCAACAAUUAAAAGAAGAUAUCAAGGAGAAGUUACCACCAUCAGAAAACCUGAAGCCAGUUCCUCCACCCGUAGUGCCAAGCCUAGCGCCACCUGGCGGUGAGACGCUGAAGCGGAGUAAAAAGAACCGACCCGCGCCGCAGCCGCCUAGACCCUCGGAUCUGGAGAUCAGAGCACCUUCGGAACUCAUGGUGGGAGUGCCGGGGGCUCUGAAGACACAGUGGAAGCAUCAGCCCUUCGUGCUGGUGACUGGAGCUGUGACUUAUGUCGCGAACUACCUAGGCUCAACCGUAGUUAAGGAGCUACGCGGCACGGAGUCCACAAAGAAGUCCAUACAGAAGCUGAAGAAGACCAAAGAACCCAGGGAUUCCCCUGACAUCAUCCUAUCCAUCAGCUAUCGGGGGGUAAAAUUCCUGAAUACUAUUACAAGGGAGUUGGUGUGCGAGCACGAGAUCCGCAACAUCCACUGCGCGUGUCAGGACGCGGACGACCUCACACACUUCGCCUACAUCACCAAAGACCACACAACUAAGAGCCACUUCUGUCAUGUCUUCAGGGUCGCGACUAUGGAUCAAGCGACCGAAGUGAUCCUCACGCUAGGCGAAGCGUUCGAAGUGGCGUACCAAAUGGCGCUGAGAGAUCAGGCGAACAGGCGAAUACCGGCAACCACGAAAACCCCCACCCACGAUGCGAAGGAGAAACCCGUCAACCACGGCAGAUCACAUUCCAUAACCGAGAUCAAGCUCAACGGUCAUCAGCUGAAAGUCGCGCCUAUCCCAGCAUCUCUGUCUAACGAAGACUUCCAAGCCAUCAAAACCGAGGGUUCCAGAAGCCCAAGGACUCCACUGCUGAAGGCACCCAUAGCGUCUACCGAAGAAUUGUGAAGGUAACAUUUACUGCAGUUUUAGUUAAUUUAUUAUACCAGUUAUAGGAUAGUGAUAAGUGUAUGUAAGAGCCAGCGUGCGGGUGACGAAAUUGUCUCUGGUUUUCAUUCGGAUUUUCGACUUUAGUAGUGCGAAAUAAAGUACUUUGCCGCAAACUUUGAAAAGUAAGACUCUAUUUUGGAUGCAUUAAAAUCGAUUUUAAUAAUUCAGAGGACAGGGACAAGUUUGUCCAUCGUGUGCGCAAGACUUAACUUCGUUAACGCAGGAUACAGAGAACAUACCUACAAUCAGUGCAAUAUAUUAUGAAUAAUAACUUGAAACAUUUGAACACUGUUUUAUAGACUUUUUAUUGUAAAGAUUUUGUCUGUUUCUUUGUAAUACCGAGUGAUAGGGAGAGAAAACAUUACGCACAAUAUUGUUCCAUAUUCAAAUGUUGAAAUAUUUGAAGCUAUUCAGGAUGAACCUGUGAGGCCUAAGCGUGUUCGGAAUUCAGUCUUCCGAUCAGAAAGAUAGUGGGCUAAAAGAAAAUACGAAGAAAGUUCCAGAAUAUCUCGAAUCAAUAAUUUUAAGACACCAAUUUUAAUGUUAGGACGUUUGGUGUGUCGGACAUAGUUGAAUAGUAUUAAUUUACAUUUUUACACUACUUUUACGAACCGAAACCUAAUUUAUUGAGAUUUUGAUAAUUUGUACUAAGUAUAUAAUAUUAGAUAAAGUUUUACUAUGGGAUAGUAAAUUUUUCGGCUGUUAUAAUAUUAUAUUAGUUGUACAUUUUGUUUUUGCAGCUAUUUUGAUGGUUUUAGUACAUUGUCUACUGGCGUAAGAAUUGCGAAAAAUUAAUUAAGAAAUAUUAUAAUAUUAGUCUGCUUCGUUACUAAAUAGGCCUAGUUGUAUAUCGGAAUAAGAAAAUAAUAUUAUUACAGGCCUAGUAUGAUCAUACAAAAAAUAAAAUUAUUGACGUUUAAAAUUAUGCCACCAAUAUGGCAUUCAAUAAAAUCGAAACAAAAAAGAUAAAAAAACUUUUUACUUGACUUUUUUCAGUGCAUUUAUCAUAUCAGUAAUAGAAUAAUUUCAAUUUUACCAACCGUGUAUUGUGUUAAUUUAAGACAAUACUCUAAGCAUGGCACAUUUUUUGUUAAAUAUGUGGCAAACGUGCUAAAAUCUGUGUUGUAAAUAUUCUAGCUAUAGAUUAUAACCGUUGGUUGUUAAAAACACAUCUUAUGACGUCAUAUAAGCGUAGAACAUGAACAUAUCAUACAGAAAUGUUAAUGUGUUAUAUCGAUCGAAAAUAUACUUUUGACUUUGGAAUCGACCAAUCAGAGCGACGACCGGCAAUGCAGGGUCGUGAUUGGUUGUACGUUUUCCAAAUUCAAAAUUCAAAUGUUGUGCAAAUUGGCCGUUUGUAACGAAAGUUAAUCUGUUCUUAUAUUUAUAAAGUGUACAUGUAGUGUUUAUAUGAAAUAGAUAAUAUCUAUAAGAAAUUAUUGACUAGCUUCUUUAAAAAUCGAUGUCUUCAUAAUAAUGAUUUUAGGCUGUAGGGGAUUGAAAAUGUUAACUGCCUUUUUGUUAUGAAAUAGUUAUGUCAGCUUUUUAUGUCUUUUUGUGACAAAAAAUCAAUUCAUGUAACCUUUUGCUCAAAAUUGUUACAUUUUGUUACAUUGAUGUAAUUCUGUUUAUUUAGUACGAUAUUAUUGAAAGUAUUUUCGACUGUAUGAUUGUUGUAUAUUUGCUUUAAAUUUACCAUCGGGGAAAUUGAUUUACAGGUAGGCACUGACCUACGUUACUUGGUCGGGUUGGGUUAAGUCAAUGAUAGUUUUGAUCUAUUGACUGAGCUAGACGUGACCCGGCCAAAUCACGUAGGACCGCCAUUUGCUUAUAAGUUAAUUUCUCUGAUGUACUUCGGUCGCUGUUUUGUAUUUAGUCUUGUAUCAAGUCUGAUAUUAGUUUCAUGUAUUCAAUGUGAUAUAAAGUAAAACAUUUUAAUGAUUUUUCUUUUUUUAUUAACGAUUCCUUGCUUCAUAAUUUAUAUAUUAUAUAGACGUAUGUAUCGCUUAUAUGAGUGUUGCGUAUCAUAUUUGAAUCAGAGCUAUAUCUUAUUUAAAUAUAGACUAUAUUUGUUGUUAAUGUUGUUAUAUGAAAUAGUAGAAUGUGCCAAAUCGUAAAGUUACAGGAGUACUCGCCAAUGUUGUAACCGUUAAAAAUUAAAUAAUAUAUUAUUGUGUACUUAGUUCGCAUUCGGACAGA